GCCUCCUCCAUCGGGCUGCAGCCGAUGGCGGCCGCUCUCCUGGAGCAGGGUGAAGAUGCCUUCAGGAGGCUCUUCAAAUAUUACAAGAGGCGCCAACCCCCGCCCGAUUUCUCGGGGAUCGUCGACUUCUCCAGAGUGCAGCAGAGCUGUAAAGUAUUGAUCACACCACUUAAUGUGACUUCCAUCAGUGAUAAGGAUGCCUCUAAAGCUGGAUUGAAGCCAGUUUGCAAAUGGAAAGCUUAUAGUUUAGAAGAUUAUCCAGGCUUCAUGUUCAUUUCGGAUCCUUUUCUUCCUGGAUGGCAACGAUACUGGGCAAAGCAAUGUUUGAAAAUCUAUCCUCGGAAACCAAAUAUCUGCAACCUGGACCUUCACAUGUCACCAGAGGAAACCAAAGACUUGUGGGAGCAGAGUAGAGAACAGCUGAGACUGAAAUCCCCUGGUAAAAGAGAGGUUAAAAGCUUGCUGGAGAAGUUACGGUGGGUCACCCUAGGAUACCAUUACAACUGGGAGACUAAGAAAUAUUCACCCGAUCACUAUACAGCAUUUCCCACAGAUCUUGCUUACCUGUCUGAGCAAGUGGCAGCAGCAUGUGGCUUCCAACAAUUUAAGGCAGAAGCUGGAAUACUGAAUUAUUACCAUUUUGACUCCUCACUGGGUAUUCAUGUGGAUGAAUCCGAAUUGGAUUACUCCAAACCCCUAUUAUCAUUCAGUUUUGGCCAGUCAGCUGUGUUUUUACUUGGAGGUCUGAAGAGACAGGACCCACCCCUUCCCAUGUUCAUUCACAGUGGUGACAUCGUGAUCAUGUCAGGCAGGAGUCGCCUGUUGUAUCAUGCAGUUCCCCGAGUUGUUCCCAAUCUGGAAGGAAAAGCAAUCCCCAGUUGUUUAGAGCAGACAACGACUAGAAACAGCUGUUCAGAUGACACAAACUACCAACAAAGUGGCGAAGGUGACUGGGAAAUCUGCAUGAAAUACCUACAGAACUCUAGAGUGAACGUGACUGUGCGGCAGGUCCUGGGAGUUGGACAGAGCUUUCCAGUUGAGUCAAACACUGAAAAGAAAGCAGAUUCCAAGUUGUAUUCUUAUCAUCAAGAUUCCAAAGAGAACCAACAUAAACGACAGAAACUGAUCAGUGAAGAAGUGGCAAAGUCUCUGUAAUUUUUCUAAUCCUUCUGGAAGGAUGGUAAAGUGCUAGUUUUGUACGCUGGAGGAUCCAUGGAGGCAGAGUUGCAUCAGUUUGCUAUGUAUGCAAUGUAAAAUUUCCACUCAUUCUUUAGCCACUUCAGAAAAUUCUUGCGGAAGUAAUAAGGGUCUCCCCAUCGAUUCAGUGUUUGCAGGUCUGCCAAUCAGUGCCAGUUCUCCCUGUCAAUGCCAGUAUUCUCUUCAACCUUGCCCACUUUAAGCAAUCAUCCUGUCGAUGCCAGUUUUCUUGGCUCUUGUAUCAAAGCUGAUGUUUGCAAAUUGCGAUGAACAACAUUGAUGCAGGAGAAUGGAAUGCAAGUGCUAUGUUGAAUGCUGUGUCUUUUCAAGUGACAAACAUAGCAUAGAUUCAGCACAAUAUAAGCCAUCAUACAUGUUUCCUUAGCCUUAUAGUAAUGUCUUUAACUGUCACCUUGACAUUUCUACUUUUUACUUCAGCCACCUUUGUGACCAUUUGGUCCCGGACUUAGAGCAGAUGUUUGAUGCCCUCUUAAGAUUGAGUUGAAAGUUCACAAAUUCUUCUGUCAGUGUGCACUGUAUUUAAAAAGAUCAAAAAGGAAAGGGCAUUCUAUGUUGACCCCUUACCUCAUUUAAUGCUCAUGUUUAAUUAGUUGUGCCUUCAAAAGUUGGCUUUGGGCCAAUUAUUGAAACAAAGCUAAAUCAACACAAAAAAAUUGAAAUGAUGUUAAGUUGGUAAAAUAUGAAUACAUCUAUGUAACCCUCACUUAUAGCAGUCUUGUUCUGUGAUGCUGGGACAUAGCAUAGAAAAAGGCUCUAAUAAUUGUUGCCUACUUUCAAAGGGAAACGCUUCUGUAACAGGUGGUAACUUUGAUAAAUAAUGAGCAUCUGCUACAAGAUAAUUGGACUUGGUAGGGGUUCCAGUUUUACAUAUCAUCAAUAAUAAAAAGUAUUUAUAUAUUAA